CUUAUCAAAACUAGUGAAUUGGAAAAUCUGUUGGCAAUCAAUAAAAAGGUAAAAAGGAUAGCAUAGCUUGGAAAUUAUGUAGUCGUAUAAUUUUAGACACGAACAGGAGCAUUUUGACCGACUUUCGGCACCAUCCGGCUGCCUCUCCCACUGCUCCACCCCUACCCCUAUAGCGGACCGUACAGGUGAACACCCACCAGGACGUCGGUCGUCCUGGCAACCGUUUUCGUUACGAAAACUAAACGAAAACAAAACAGGACCCAAAGACAGCGCACGGACAACAAUACAGAGUCGAGACAACAUGCUCUGAAAAUUGGCUAGACAUCGGACGGAUACAUCCGUGGACAGCUCGAGGCCGCAGGAGAGAUUCUAUCCGCCGCAAAGUAUCCACAGCCACGCACCAGCCACAGCUUCCACAGGACUCGCAUUCGCAUACCCAGCUGCCGCCAGGACGAACGUGAACGGGACAACACUCGACGGCAUACUGGGGAACUGCAUAGACAUCGACUCGGUGGCCGUGGUGCAGCACAAGCUGGUGCACAGGAUCGUAGGCGGGAAGAUGUCGCCCCCCGUGCUGUACUAUCUGCCGCCCAGUCCGCCCUGCCGCUGUAUCCUGCUGCUGGCCAAAAUGCUGGGCCUGGACUUUGAGCUGAAAAUCGUCAAUAUCCUGGAAGGCGAGCAACUGAAACCCAACUUUGUGGCCAUGAAUCCGCAGCACUGUGUCCCAACCAUGAAUGACGAGGGUCUGGUGCUCUGGGAGAGUCGGGCAAUACUUUCGUAUCUGGUGGCUGCCUAUGCCAAAAGCGAUGAGCUGUAUCCCACGGAUAUACGGGUGAGGGCUCUGGUGGACCAGAGAUUGCAGUUCGAUCUGGGAACUCUUUACAUGCGACUUACGGACUAUUAUUUCCCUACCAUGUUUAUUGGAGCUCCAUUGGAUGAGGGAAAACGUGCCAAGUUGACGGAGGCUGUGGGCUGGCUGAACACCAUUUUGGAAGGAAAACAAUAUGCCGCCGCCGAGCACUUCACCAUCGCGGAUCUCACUCUAAUGGUGACAGUUUCCCAGCUGGAGGCCUUCGAAUUUGAGCUGCGACCCUACAAGCAUAUCCGGCAGUGGUUGGAACGCUGCAAGGAUCACAUGGCUCCUUUCGAUUACGAGGAGCUGAACGCCAGCAAGGCUACUCUGUUGGCCGACAUGUUUAGGGCCAAGAUGAACCAAACGGGGGGUUCUUAAUAUCUAUAAUAUCUCAUAUCUAUAAAAUAAACUCAUUAAUUUUGUAAGUGUUGUAUUAAAUAAAAGUAUUGUUCUGUC